GGCUCAGCAAUGAUAACCGUGUCUACGUGAUUGUGCUUUGCUGCACAUUCCUGAAAAUCCUCAGACAAGAGUCUAACAUCAUGACAACAGUUCAGCUUCCAGCCAUCCACCAGAGUGGUCGCUGGAUGAGGUCUACGAGCCCACAACCGAACACGAGGUUGAACACCCCCUGAACCCUUACGACGAUCUCAUUUGUGUCGACACCAAACAUUCAAAAUCACAGGAAAUGGAUUGCGGUAUUUGUCAGAAGAACCUCACUCAAGAGGAUGGCCCGAACUGCGUGGGCUGCGUCCGCAGCAUGCUCUACCCAAUCCGACUGGAAUUGGCACGAGUACUGCUGGAGAAAGAAGCACUUGGAAAGAAGGUCGAGGCUAUCGUUGCGGAAGAUGAGCCAGAAGAGCCACUCGACAACGCGAUUGCAAUUCUAAGAACGGCAUACCAACAACAAUUCGAGAUGGACGAGGUGCAGCAGAUCAAUGAAGAGAAUUCAGAAACGGAACGUCAGCUUGCUAUCGCUCAGAAAGAGUUAGAGUUGAAACAAGAGAAAGCUAAACAGCUCAAAGAACUCCUUCACAAGCGCAGAGCGAAUCUUGCCGCCGCAAAAGACGCUGCACGUAAAAAUGAGGCCAAAAAAUGGGAAGAACUCAAGGAGAAAUCAGCGCAGCUGAAAGCGGAUCAUGAUAUCGUCCACAACAAAACUGUUGAUGCCAAAGCAGUGUUAUGCCGAGAGGCUGCCUCGCUGUUGGGUUUGCGACGCGUCAAGAAGAAGAUCAAAGACGGUUCGAUCAAAGAUUGCUACAUGAUUGCACAACUUCCAUUGCCGGAUCUCAAGGACAUCAACAACAUACGAUGCACUGAACUCACAGCGGUGCUCGACAGCACUGCUCGUCUUGUCUACCUUUGCGCAUACUAUCUUGGUGUCCGACUUCCUGCCGAGAUCACGCUUCCUCAUCGAGAUUACCCCUUGCCAACCAUCAACUCUCCUCAAACAUCUUACUUCGGCCAUCGAACCGCGUUUCCUGGCACUGGGUCGAGUCUGUCCGCGCCAAGCAGCCCCACUGCAUCUCGUGUCGAUGUCAGCUCCUUCCCUCGACCGCGUCCUCUGUUCAUUGGUUCCUUCGACGUCAAUGAAAUUGUCGCCCAGUACGCCAAGAAAGAACCUGUUGCAUUCAACUUCUUCUUAGAAGGCAUUUGUCUCCUCGCUUGGGAUAUCGCAUGGCUCUGUCGCACUCAAGGUUUCGUUCAGGGUACCGAGUUGUGGGACGAUGUCUGCGAUAUUGGUCGGAAUCUGUGCCAGAUGAUUGUCGCUGUGCCACAAUCGCCUGCUACAUUUCGCACUCUGACUCAACGAGACCUCCAAAUUCGUCAACUUCGAUCCCACAGCACAUCAUCACCGGCUUCUGACAGCAAUAUGAUGGCCGGUCGCCUUGGUUCUGGUUCACACACUUCAGCGCAUACCUUUCUUGGCUCUGCUGCUGCCGCUGGCGACAAUCCAUCUCGCAACUGGCGUCUCAACAAGUACAACAUGGUUGUCGACCCCUUGAAGAAGCAUCUGCUUGGUGAGAUGAACACCGCAGAGUGGGAGCUCCUCGAGGAGCAGGAGUGGGACGAUGGAGGUGAGAAGAUGGACGACGCUGUCGUUAUUAGGACCCGUGCGAUGGAUGGAAAGGAUUAUGACGAGUCCAGGAAGGUGGUCGGCGGCGAGGACGUUGGCAAGGGCAAGGGGACGAGUGGUUGGACCAAGGUCAAGAGCCGUUAGGAGCCGCUAACAGCCGGUUACGUGUACAUGAUGAUGACGAUGAUGAGAUUACGCAUUGUUGGAAAUGGGGAGCAUGCCCGGCCCAAAAUGAGGCUGGACGAGGGCGUUUGGGUGGCCUAUGUUUUUUGUUAGAUUUUUGAGAUACCCAGACUCACGCGCCCCGGCAGCGCAUGUCUUACGCGGCUAGCGGACGUCAAUGGCAAUGCUACUGAUAUGACUGGCACCCUUCACGAUCAGAUUACGGCCGAGGUGUCAUGGAGUGGUGGAGUGGACGUCCUCCAGAUAUCUCCCCUCUAUCGCGACAGUCCGUGCCUUGCAAGGCUGGCGCAUGCCAUGACCAUGUACCUUAGGUACCAGUGUGC